ACUGCACCAGGCCGUAUUUAUUGUUUCAGCACAGAGCGGCCUGGGGGAUUGUCUUUUGAAUUCCUCUUGCAGGAACAUCAGGGGCCGUGCAAAGCAUCUCCGGUGAUGUCACCCAAGAAAGCUAAGAAGAGAGCAGAGGGAGCUAAUUCCAAUGUCUUCUCUAUGUUCGAACAAGCACAGAUCCAGGAAUUCAAAGAGGCAUUCACCAUCAUGGAUCAGAACCGGGACGGCUUUAUUGACAAGGCAGAUUUGAGAGAUACGUUUGCAGCAGUGGGUCGUUUGAAUGUCAAGAAUGAAGAACUUGAUGAAAUGAUAAAGGAGGCUCCUGGACCAAUUAACUUUACUGUAUUCCUGAGCAUGUUUGGCGAGAAGCUCAAGGGUGCCGAUCCAGAGGAGACGAUCCUGAAUGCGUUCAAGGUGUUUGACCCCGAAGGCAAAGGCCUGAAAUCUGACUAUAUUAAAGAAAUGCUGAUGACGCAGGGAGAGCGGUUUUCCCAGGAAGAGAUCGACCAGAUGUUUGCAGCUUUCCCUCCAGACAUCACAGGGAUCUUAGACUACAAAAACCUCGUCCACAUCAUCACACACGGAGAAGAGAAGGAUUAAGAGCUGGCAUGAUGCUAAUUCCUCAGACACAGUGGUGGGGGUGGUACUUUGUGAUGCGUUCUC